CUCAGCCUUCCUGCGGCUCCCUCAGUCUGACUCAGUCUGCCCCGCCGGACUACUUUCAUCCACCAAAUACUUUGGGCUUUCUUUUUUCUUGCUGAGGACACACUUACACAAACACACACCGAGUUGGCAUCAUGGGGAGCAGCAUUUCAUGUGUGCCCCAGCACAACUUCACCUUCUCCAGCAAAAGUUUCAUCCGCAGAAACAGCAGUCGCCUGUUUCGCAAGAAGAACCCCCAAGAGGGCCAGGAGAAGUCCAACAGCAUCAUCAAUAUCCUCUGCACUGUCACCCCGAGGAAGGAAAUGUCCCAUAAAGACCUGCGGACCAUCGAGAACAUCAAAUGGGAUCCUCCGUUCCCGUACGACCCGGCCAGCGGCUGGAAGAAGAGCAGCAUCAACGUGAAGAAUUACGGGCGCUUGGUUCACAGCUCCAAAGUUCGUUUCCGCUUCCUGCACUGCCAGGAUAUACACGACUGUUACCUGGAUCUCUUCCAGACUCACCUUCACUUUGUGUCCAACAACCCCCCUGGACUGACAUACCAGGGAACUCUUCCACUGAAGGAGCUUACAAUCUGCAACCUGCAACAGAACUGCAACCACAGCCAACCGAUGGAAUAUGCCUUUCAAGUUAAUGGUGUCAGCCUUAAUCCCAUCAUCGUCUAUUGCGCCAACCAAGAAGAAAUGGACCGAUGGUUUGGCCUUCUUAAAGAAAACAUCGAAGCCAACGGCGGCAGCCCAAUUGCACCGGAAAACUACACCAGAGUCAAACCAAACCAGGAGAAGAGUCCUGCAGGAAGAGAGGAGCUAAGGAACUCCAUCAACAAAGAGCCCAUCUACGAGUGGGAGGGCUCGCAGCGGGACAGUCUGGGCCCCAUUACCUACGUCACCAAAGUUCGACUGCAGCACCUGCCCUGUCAGCAACAAAACGACAGACUACUGGUGAUGUACGCGUCAACACUGAUCAUCUUAGCAGAAGAGGAAAACGGCCUCUUCUACAAGGGAAAGCUCCCGCUCAACAUGAUCACAGUGACCACACCCUGCCAAGACGUCAAACCCAACACUUUUAUGAUUGAAGGGAAGCUCAUCAACCCCAUAGUGGUGUCUUGUCUGGACAGACGCGAGUUCUGCGACUGGAUCCAGCAUUUCAAAGCUGCUGACGUGCCCGUUCUCAGCCCGCCGCCCCCGGUCUAUGACAUCAUCUACACGCCAACGCACAGAGAGGCGCCGCAGUUUGACAGGUGGAGUGGAAACAGUCAAGGCCACGCCGAGCCCCUCAAGUUCAGUCAGAGUGGACGUGGCUCCCACUCCCGUCAGUUCCCCACUCAUGAAGACAACCCGCUCUCACCAGGAUACUCGGAACCUCUCUGUUACAGCCGUCCCUCCUCGACCGAGACCAGCCGCCUGGGAAGCAGGACCGGCAGCUUCUCGUCCCACACCAAGGCCGAGCGUGACCCACGACCUUUGCCACUGCGCUACUCAUCCCCCCAGCGCAGCUCCUAUCUCCAGCCCGGAGACAGCUCUGCAGGCAUGCCACAGCUGUACAGCACGCCGUACUCUGGCCCGCAUCGCCUCGAGAAAGGUCUGCUCGUCAAGUCAAACAGCUGGAACACAUCGCAGACGUCCCUCGGCUACUCCCUGAGCGCCCCGCAACGACACUCCGACAUGUGCGCUCCACGCCAGCCCUUGUCCCCCCUCUACGAUGAGCCCUGCAACCCCGAAAUCUUUGCCUUGGAGGAAGCCAGGUCUGUGGAGAGCUGGCAGCUGCCCACUCAUCUGUACCACCAGCAGCAAAGCUCUCAGGUCGCAUCGUCUUCCUUCAAGCUCUGCACCCCGCCAAUGGGCAGGCACAGCCGCAGAAGCCUGGUCCUGACCAACUCGCAGGGACCCGCUCUGGGCCUGGAGGCGGAGAGCCCUCAGAGUCAAGUGGAGCAGCGAGCCGAGGCCGUGUCGAGGCUCAAGCUUCUGACCGCGCCCUCCAAAGGACAAGAGCAGGCACACCUCCGGUCCAGCUGUGGGAUCAACUCUUCUCAGAUGUAUAAUUACUCACCAGAUCUUCAUUCAUACCUCAAACCCAUAGAACCAGAUGACCAGGAAAUAGACUAUGACAACAUUUGGGAGUACGAUCGCCAUACUGGAAUGAUUCAGCUAACGUCUGGAAUUCCGACACACUGGACAGGAUUAAACAGCGGGGCCGGAGGCCUUGGUGCCAUGGCAACCGAGCAGAGAUGGUCAUAAAAUAAAACAAUUGGCCGGCACUCGUCUGGGUGUGUGCAAACAACGGAUCUCUAUCAGAGGGUUCAUAAAAGCGCAGGCUGUGUUGUCCGGUAAGCGUACAGUAGAGUAAGAAGCAUUAGGAUGUAAUGGUGGUGGGUGUGUGAAGAAGAAAAAAAAACAUUCUAAAAAAAAUCCACUAAAGAAUAUGAAAGUCAAAAAACAAAUUUUACCUGUUUGAGAGUAAUGUAGUAUGAUUUAACAACAGAGAUGUUGAUUGCUUCUUUAUUUUCUUGAGUGAAACUAAAAAAAAAGCAUUCCACUGGGGCUUCUUGAUGAACUUACUGUAUAUAUUUUAUACAUACUGUAUGAUUUAUUAUGUAAAUAGAAGCUUCAUUUGACUGUAAGGGAGUAAUAUCAUUUCUGUGCCAUUCAAGUGUGGCAUCUUUAUUCAUAUUGUAUUUGUUUGAUGUGUUUAUUUAUAUUUGCGAAAAAUAAACUGGCAAAGUGAACCAAAA